AACACCUAACGAUUAAAAAAACGUGUGAAAAAACACAUUUAGUUUAUUAUUUUUAUAACAGUUGGAGUAGUAAUAAUAAGUAACAAGAGUAAAUGUAGACCACAGCGCCCUCAAGUGUCACUGAUGUGCAACAACAUGCACAUUACAUACUAGACAACAGUAAAAAAUCUGACAUACGUAUUAUUAACCAGAUUUAAAACAAAAAAAACAUGUCUGAUGCAACAUGAACUGGCAAUUUUUUUUUUUUACAUCAUAUAUGUGUUAAAUAGAAGUGUUAAAUGUAUGUUACAACAUUCUCUACAUAUUUAUUUUUGCCUGUAGUGAGACAAACUACUGUUGUACUUGUACUUAAUACGGCUGUUGCUUUUUUGGUUUUAACUUAGUUUACAGAGUUUUACAGAGCUAAAAUUGAUGCUACAUAUACAAUCAUUGGAGGGAUAUAGUAAAGAAAAAGAACAAGUAAAGUUUAGUUGAAGAAAAACACUGAUUUCCUCUUAAAUUCUUUAAAAACUCGCCAAAUAAAUGACUUUCUGAAAGGUUUAACUACCCAGUUCGGGAGAAGACCCGCCCCUUCUCUGCAUCUGAUUGGCUCUUCUUGAUGAUGCAACACCAGAGUUAUCCAAUCAUGCCUGAAACUGACGAACCAUACAGGGGGAGGCGGGGGUUUUGGUAAGGAAACAAAUGCACCUCCUGCUGGUCACGUGUGGAUGUUCUGUUGUCAUGGUAACUGUAAACAGGUUUCCUUCACAACCACACACACACACACAGAGAGAACAAUGUCGGAUGUCGGAUCAGAUGAUCUUGAAUAUGAACACAACAAACUCGGGGAGUAUGAAGGGGACAGAAAUGAUGAAGGUGAGAGACACGGUGUCGGCAGAGCUGUUCUGCCCAAUGGGGACGUCUACGAGGGACAUUAUGAGAAAGGACAGAGACACGGACAAGGGACAUAUCGCUUUAAGAAUGGGGCAAGGUAUGUGGGAGACUAUGACCAGAACAUGAAACAUGGACAAGGAACCUUCUACUAUCCAGAUGGUUCCAAAUAUGAAGGAUUGUGGGACAAGGAUGUGAGACACGGUCAUGGCGUCUACACGUAUUCCAACGGAGACUCGUAUGAGGGAGAGUGGCUGAAUCACAUGAGACACGGUCAGGGCACUUACGUCUACCACGACACUGGCUCCAAGUACAUGGGCUCAUGGGUGAACGGCAACAUGGAGUCAGAAGGAGAGUACGUCCACUCCAACCACAGAUUCAAGGGGAAAUUAGCCAACAAUAAGCCCAGUGGCCCCGGGAAGUACUUGUUUGAUAUUGGGUGUGAGCAACACGGAGAAUUCCGCCAGACAGAGGAGGAGGAGUUGACCAACCCCAAGUGGAUUCCAAAGUUAAUCACAGGUCUGACGCUGUUGACUCCAGGAAGAGAGACUUCAGCUGUGGAAAAAGAAAUAGUUUCAGCAGAGGAGGCUGAGGAGAACACACCUGACUGACCCGGCCACUACUUUACAUUCCGUCUGUCAUGAUGUUGCAUCAUGAUAUUGCUGCCGAUAUUCACAGAAUUUCAAAAUAAAA